GAGUACUCGAGGCGAUUGAAUUGCACCUGCCGGGGAAUCAUCUUCUUCUCCCACGACGCAUUUCCGACAUGUCGUCUGGAAACGAAUCAAGACUAGAGUCUCAUGGUGAAUCUUCGGAUGCCCUCCAACCAUUGACCGUGGAAGUAAAAAAACACAAAAGGUUGGGCCAGCGGCUUCAAAUGUUGAGUUGUAGCUUCUGUCGGAAGGACAAGAAAAAGUGUAUCCCACAAUCUAGGAAAUGGCCGAAAAAAUGCAAUCGCUGCGAGGAGAGAGGUCUUGCCUGUUCUGAACUGGUUCGGAAGGAGAGGAGGCACAGAGUAAAUCGCCUUGACAAAAUUGAAACUGGGCUGAGUCGCCAGAAUCCGCCUGAGCUCGAAAUCGUGCCACCGAGCACUUAUAUACCAACCACAAAGCACCAUGACCCCAUCGUUGACGACGACAACCAGGCUUGGGAUUUCAAAGAUUUGAGCAAUGCGAUCGGCAUGUUGCAGCUGGCUUCCGCCGAAUACAUUGAGCAAGAGGCGGCGAAUGACGAUGCGAUUGAGCAUUUACCCAACAAUUGGGAUCGAAUUCAUGGUUCCUUGAUUGCGAGAUUCUGCAAUCUCGGCGAAUUCCUAAAGGUCUUUCAACCAAGGCUACAGUCCCAAGUUUUACGCAGGCUCGAACAGCACCAGGAGACCACUUCUAGAGAGUUCUUGUCAAGAGCACUGGACGCCAUCGCUGAUCCAGUAUCCGGAACACUGAUAAACCCACCUUUUUUUUCCAUUUCCACGGCCUCGAGGCCAAAGGUGUUGCAGCCUUCCAUGAUUGCAAACGCGCUCCGCAAAAGAGCCACCAGCCUGGCAGCAGAGGGACAGUGGUCCUUGGCGAUUUUAAGCUACCAGAAGAGCCUGACGCAUGGUAAGAGGCAACCCGACCUGAGUUUUUCAACAUCCCUAAAGUCUCAUGACAUACCGAACGUCAUGGCUAAGACUGCACAAAGGUUCGGAUUGAAAGAGGACUAUUCCGUGCCGGAAUUUUGGGCUUGGACAUCUACAAUUUAUCCAAACAUUCUACCCGCGUCAAGAACUGAGAUUAUGGAAACACUUUUCAUCAAAACUUGGAUCGGGUUUGAUGACGCCCUUGACUUGUUUGGGGUAAGGCUUCUUCAAUAUGCCUCUCCAAAGGUUUGGAAAAGCGUCUUCUGGUGGCUUUAUAGAAGCCAAAGCAUUCCCAAGGUAGACAUUGAUGGCCGCACGGGACUGCACCUAGCUGUCCUCCUAGGAAUGAAAGACGAGAUAACCUUGAUGUCAAGAACAUCCAAUUUCGACCUUUCGAAGAAAGACAAGAGCGGGAGAACACCUCUUCACGUGGCUGCAAUUAUCGGCAACAAAUCGGUCUGCGACACUCUUCUUUCAGUAGAACACGUCGGCGAUGCUGUUCUGGCUAAAGAUGUGGAGGGACGACUCCCUCUGUGGUAUGCGGCAGAGGCAAACAAGCGGGAGGUUUUUAGCAAGUUCUUGGACACGACGCUCAUCCACACGAGCCUAACAGAAAUUUGCUCAGAUAUUGACAAGGACGGUAAUAAUCUGGUUCAAUACUGCACAGCACAUGGGCUCGCUGGGUCAGAGCUGUGGCGAUUGGCUGCAUUUUCUGGCUUCCCUGAUCGGACGAGCCUUUGCCCGAAUCCUUUUGAAGCGCAGGACGAAUCCUGGUAAAACUGCCACGGCACAUAAGGUACAUUACCAGCUCUGCAUUGUGGGGCGUUCCCUUUUGUGCCUGGUUCAACACAAACCAUAUGCCAUUCAUUGAUCAAAGCCCUGAAUUUCCUUGAGUAUUGCACUAGGGCGGUGGGUAAAUAGAUUGGCUAGACAGGUGUUUGAAGAGUGAUUUGCUAUUGGUAUAAGGGAACCAAUCAAGCUCUCGGUUUUUGCUACCCUGCAAAAACUUGCAUCUCCUCUACUGCUCUCCAAAUUGGUAGUGUUAGCGAAGGAACGCAGUCAACAAGGAGUGAUCCCAGCAAUCAUCCG